AUGGCAGAUCUCUCGUCAGACACGCAUAUCAUCUCACUGGGCCGAAUGCCCCAGCAGGCUAGCGUCCGGGAAGCCCGGGACAAUUGGACUGGCGUCAUAAACCGGAAAGAACGAAGGAAAUUACAGAACCGACUCAAUCAGCGGCGCUUCCGGUCGAGAAAGCAAGACAACGAGGUGAAACCGCAGUGUGCCAUCAUCAACGGGGAGAAGCAAGCGGAUGCUGUGAAUAAUCAUGAGGAUGACGGCGACAAUUCUCUAAGCUCGAAUGUUGCUCGAUCAGACGUUCUGCCUGCUCCAAUUAUUUGCAGCCUGUCUGAAGCACAGCACUCGGGAUGCACAUUUGCACCUGCAGCUGUGCAUGCCCUCAUGGUCGAUUUCGAAAGGGGAGCCAUGAAAGCCCAUGUCAGCGGCUCCCCGAAGACAGAUCUCCUCAUCAAACUGAGCCGAGUGAAUGUGCUCCGGGCAGCUUAUGAGAAUGCCUUUGCCAUGGGCAUGUCAGCAGAAUGGGUGUGUGAAGACGACCGUCUUUCAAUCUUCAAUCUCCCAGGGCCUUGUCUUUCCGAGGACUCCAUUCCAUCCAGUUUACGCCCAACGUCUCUCCAAAGAAAGGUCCCCCAUCAUCCGUGGCUCGAUAUCUUUCCGUUCCCGCGUAUGCGUGAUAAUUUCAUUCGGGCUGGCGAUCAUCUAAAUGACGAUGAUCUGUGUCAUGAUCUGACAGCAUUUUGGGAUACGCGUCGCAGUGGUGCCACCUUACUUGUGUGGGGUGCCCCUUGGGAUCCACAAAAUUGGGAGGCCACAGAAGAGUUUGCUCGGAAAUGGGGCUUCUUUCUUCAGGGAUGCCCCGAGAUUCUUAUUUCGACAAAUAAUUGGAGAAGGCGAAGGGGGGAGAGACCGUUGGUCUGGAAGAGAAUUUUUGGUAUAUUUUAA